AGCUCAUUUGUUGAUUCAUUGACCAAGCCCACGAAACAAUUAUUAUUAUUAUUAUUAUUAUUAUUGUAGAACUGGCCAUAAAUGAACCUCUUCCUUCUAUGUUAUACCAGCAUUUAUUGAAUUUAGAUGGCUUCCCAACGGCACCAAAACUUCAGCAUUUAAUCUCUACUUUAUUGAGUUGUCACUGAUUUCUCUCCUUGUAGCAAUUAACAACAGAAAAGAUUGAAUCUUUGAUGAUGCCUUUGUGCCCUCAUCUUUCUUCAUGACCAAGCUGUUUGCAGCUUAAUUGGUGAUUUUUUUUUUUGUGGGUUCUGCAGCAAGGUAAUGAUUCAAUUCCCUUCAAAGACAAUAAAAAAUGAGUCUUCGACAGGAAAGUUUGCUUCUUUUCAUCACCUUCAUCACGAUUUUUAUUGCCACCACAAGUCCUACAACUAAAGCUCAGAAGUCCGGCAGCAAUUGUGCCUCUUCAUGUGGGAUUGGGAAAUCAGCAAGAGUUGUCCCGUACCCUUUUGGUUUCUCACAUGGAUGCCCCAUCCAGUUAAACUGCGAAUCAACUGAAGGUGAGAUCAAGAUUGGUGAAUUUCAAGUCCAGAACAUAACCCCAAAUGGUAUCUUGGUCAAUCUUCCAGCAGACUGUAAUCGUUCUAUUGAAACAAUCAGGCCACUUUUUGGUCUGAACUAUGGUCCUUCUUGGCAAAACAGUUUGUUACUUCAAAACUGUAGCAAGCCUUCAAAUAGUUGUGUUAUUUCAAGAAGUCCGUUUCAGGGAGAGUUGCAUUCGAAAAACUGUGAGGCUGCUAAAAAUGACAACUUGAGUUGUUACUCACUACCGUACUCAGGUAUUGAUACUUUGAGUUAUGAAGGUGUGAAUUCAACUCAGUGUAGGUCUGUUUUCUCUUCUCUUGCUCUUGGGUCGGACAGUCCGGUUGUCUCUUUCCAGUAUGAAAGAAUUGAAUUGGAAUGGUGGCUUGAAGGUCAUUGUCGGGAUACUUUUUGCUCAAAGAACGGGAAUUGUAGUGAGGUUAAGCUCCAGAAUGGGAGUGUUGGAUUCCGAUGUCAUUGCUAUGACGGGUUCGCUGGAGAUGGGUUUGCCACCGGGAAUGGCUGCCGGAGAGUUUCCAAGUGCAGUGCUUCAAGGUACAUGUCUGGCCACUGUGGAGGAACUACUAGAGUAGUUGUUCUUGUUGGAGGACUUAUUGCUGGAGCUUCAUUGAUGGCUGUUUUCGCCCUUCUCUGUUACUUUGUCAAGAAGAAAUCCACUUCAAUGCGAAAUCGGUCAAGUGCAAAGCGCCUUCUAUGUGAAGCGGCAGGCAACUCUAGUGUUCCAUUUUUCCAAUAUAAAGAAAUUGAAAGGGCCACUAAUGGCUUCUCAGAGAAACAAAGGCUAGGAACUGGAGCCUAUGGUACAGUUUAUUCAGGAAAACUCCACAAUGAUGAUUUGGUUGCAAUAAAAAAGAUCAAACAGAGAGAUACUGACAGCCUUGAUCUAGUCAUGAAUGAAAUAAAGCUCCUUUCAUCCGUAAGCCAUCCAAAUCUGGUUCGUCUUUUAGGCUGUUGCCUAGAGGAGGGAGAACCAAUCCUAGUCUAUGAAUUUAUGCCUAAUGGAACUCUGUGUCAGCACCUACAACGAGAGAGGGGCAAUGGGCUUCCGUGGACUGUUAGGCUUACCGUUGCUGCUGAAACUGCUAAUGCCAUUGCGUAUCUCCAUUCAGUCGUGAAUCCACCAAUUUACCACCGAGACAUAAAAUCUAGCAACAUACUAUUGGAUUACAACUAUAGAUCAAAGGUAGCUGAUUUUGGUCUUUCCAGACUUGGCAUGGAAGAAUCAUCUCACAUAUCAACCGCCCCGCAAGGAACUCCAGGCUAUCUUGAUCCUCAAUAUCAUCAAUAUUUCCAUCUUUCUGAUAAAAGUGAUGUUUACAGUUUUGGGGUAGUUCUUGUAGAGAUCAUAACUGCACAGAAAGUAGUUGAUUUUUCUCGCCCACACAGUGAGGUUAAUUUGGCUGCACUUGCCAUUGAUAGGAUUGGAAGAGGUUGUGUGGAUGAGAUAGUAGAUCCAUAUCUUGACCCAGAUAGAGAUGCCUGGACCUUAUCAUCAAUUCAUAGCGUGGCUGAACUUGCGUUUAGAUGCCUUGCUUUUCAUAGGGAUAUGAGGCCUACUAUGAUGGAAGUUGCAGAAGAGCUUGAACAGAUUAGGCUUAGUGCAUGGGUCCCCACCAUGCACAUGGCAUCACCGUCAUCUUCCUCUCAUUUCUCGGACCAUGGAAGUCAGAAAUCACUGAGUGUCUCUGUUGGUAAAAAGGCAGCAGUAGCUAGUCGGAGAUUACUUGUUCCACAGAGAACAGAUAGUCUGACUUCUUUGGAAGAGGUGAAGGAUAGCUCUCCAGUUUCUGUGCAGGAUCCUUGGUUGAGUGAACAGAGCUCACCAUCAACAACCAGCCUGUUGGAUAAUGUAGUUCAUUGACAACAAACCUGUUUCUUUUGGGUGCUUGGAUUCAAAUCUUUCUUGUGAAUACAAUCUAGGAAUUUGCAGUUUUCUAUAACUACCUUGCUACAUAUUUCUCUUACAGAAAUCAUAUCUUGUAUGCUUUACCUA